GAGGUCAGAGGUCAAAACACCAAUGCCAAACACCUCCAAGGGUGGAGUUUGUCAGAUUCCACUGGGGUCUCUCUCUUGGAGUGUCACUUUCUCUCUGUACUGUGUGUUUGAUUCCGUCUGGCCCUUUAUCCAUCUCUGGCCCAGUAGCUUUACUUUCAGGGACGUGUGAAAGGGAGAAUCGGAGAUGGAAAAGAGAGGAGAUGUAAUGCUGGGGGUCGAGGAUGAGUCCGGGCAGCCUGUCUCGGCCUUGUCGAUUCUCUCUCUGCUGGAACGCGUGUCUACGAUCAUCGAUGGCGUCCAGGCCAGCCAGCAGCGCAUGGAGGAGCGUCAGCAGCAGCUUGAAAGCUCGGUGAGCGCCGUCCAAUCCGAGCUUCUCAAACUAGCUCGCGACCAUGGCGCCACGGCCACAACCGUUGACAAACUGCUGCAGAAAGCCCGCCGUGUGAGUGCGCACGUUAAAGAAGUACGCUCACGUGUGGAGAAACAGAAUGUGCGUGUGAAAAAAGUGGAAACUACACAAGAUGAGCUGCUCACCCGCAACAAGUUCAGGGUUGUUAUCUAUCAGUCAUCUAGCCCGGAUGUGACCUACACAGAGGUGGUUAGUGAGAACAAGAGGGAAGGUCCAGUAUCAGAGGAGGGAGCGACCCGUAUCCAAGAGGACUGAAAACAGCAAUUCACCACAGGAACUGUGGAGAAGUGGAAGGAAAAAAGCAUAUAUAAUGCAGAUAUAGAAAGUAGUUAAUGAGUGUAAGUGGAAAAAAGAGGGGAUUUUUUCAUUAAAAAUGUGCUCCGAAAUGUGAGAGUGUAUGAGUAUGUGUGUUGGGUUGCCAAAUUAAUUAAUAGUAAAGCACUAGAUGUGUUUGAAUAAUUUCUGUUACCAUAAGCCACAUGUGAAAUGUAUUAAAACGUGAAAACAUAU